CAAUUUGACCAAUAUGAUUGGCCAGUUCAAUCUCGUGAUCAAACGCAAACGCCAAGGCGACGUCACUCAGUUGGCUCACCCCUAAAAAAUCAGAGAGAAUUUACUGUCCCUUUAAAUGACGAUGCAUCAGAAAAACGUCAUCGAAGAAAAUCUUUAGUAGAUUCCGUACGGAGAUCCUUACUAUUUGCUUCUCCAUCUGCGGUGGCUUCGGGUUCUGAAACUCAACAUGCUCCCGGCAGUCGAAUGUCUACUCCUCAACGUGUAGGUACCCUGUCAAUAGAGGCCGUCACCCCUAUACCACAGAUACCUGUCGAACAAAUGUAUUUGAAUUUCGAAGAAUGGAUGAAAAUGGCUACCGAUAAUAAAAUUAACGCUAACAAUAGUUGGAAACUUGCCCUAAUCGAUUAUUUUCAUGAAAUGAGUUUAUUGAAAGAAGGUGAUUCAAUAAAUUUUCAAAAGGCCUCUUGCACUCUGGAUGGAUGUGUAAAGAUCUAUACAUCACGUGUUGAUUCUGUUGCCACUGAAACCGGAAAAUUAUUGAGUGGUUUAGCUGAUAGCUCAAAAAAUAAUGAAAAUAACCUAUCCGAUGGUGAUGAUGAUAAUGCUGAUUCUGAGCGACCCGCUCGUAAGAAGGCCUCAACAACCAGCGCUGCAACUUUAGUUAAAGAUUAUUUCCAGUUGACAGUAAAGAAAUUUGAUUUGGAAUUUUCUAUUGAUCCUCUAUUUAAAAAGACUUCGGCUGAUUUUGAUGAAGGAGGUGCUCAAGGACUGUUGUUAAAUCAUUUGUCGAUUGAUACUGAUGGAAAGAUUAUAUUUGACGCAAGCGAUGCCACUCUGGACGAAGCUGAAGAAAAUGAAAAUGAUGAAAGAGAUGCAAUGGAAGAAGAUUCUCCAGAGCAACCUAUUGAUAUAUCUAAACUUCGUUCAAAAAUUUUUCCUGAACUUUCAAGUAUUUUCACUAAAGAUAUUUGUCCAUCAUUAAAAUCGUUUGAAUUUUCUGUUGAC